CUAAAACUGCGUCGUUUGACUGGGUGCAGUUAAACAUAAAUAAAAGCCCUUGUCUUCAUUUAUUCUCCUGUAUUCUGUCUCAAAACUCCUCUCCAAACAGCCUCUCAGUCUCUCUGCAUCUCGUCUUACCGGCGUCGCCGGCAUUAGUGUUGCCUCCUCCGCCUUAUUUCUCUCAUAGCUGGUGAACCUUUUUCCCAUCUUCUUUUUCUUCUUUCGUCGCGUCACUGCAUUCCAACCCUCACUUAUUUUCUGUCUCCGGAGGCUCUUCUUGCUUUCUCUUCGCUCCGCGGCGUAUACUUAACUCUCCCGCAGCCCCGCUCUCUUCUCUCCUCAGUCCUCACCCACCAAAUCAGGCUUUGGAAUUUGAAUGAUCAGGUUUGUAAGUUUUGAUCCUGAAUGGGAGCUACUGGGAUGGAUGAAUAUGCUGCUUUCAAAGAGAAGGUGAGGCGGACGGUUUACAUGGACAAUCUGUCACCGCAUGUCACUGAAUCCGUCAUUAGAACUGCUCUUGAUCAGUAUGGAACUGUCAAGAGUGUUCAUUUCAUUCCAAACUAUUUAGGGCCUCAGAACAUCCCCCAAUGUGCUUUGGUCGAGAUGGAGAAAGAAAAGCAAGCUGAAGUUGUCAUCUCGACAUUAUCUCAGUUCCCUUUCAUGAUGUCGGGAAUGCCAAGGCCUGUGAGGGCACGUGCUGCUGAGGUGGAGAUGUUUGCCGAUCGCCCUAGACAGCCUGGUAAACAGAUACAUUUCCGUUGGUUGGACCCUGCUGAUCCUGAUUUUGAGGUAGCAAGCAAGCUGAAGCGCCUUGCCAAAAAGCAUGCAACUGAAACUGCAGUCAUGCUAAGGCAUCAACUGGACAAAGAGGAGAAGCUUGCGAAGCAGCAAGGAGAGGCUCUGAAAGCAAACUACAAGAAGUAUGAGAUGAUAGAUGGUUUGAUGGCUGAUGGAACUGCUCGACGUUUGGCACGACAUUAUAAUUUGAGAGUUUCAGAUGAUGCUGGCCCUUCUACCUUUCAGUGACAAUCAACAAAUUUAUGUACUAAUGUGUCUAUUGCUCAGAUGAUUAGCCUUGGCAUAGUAGGACUCACUGAGAGCAUGCUGUGAAAACAACGUCAAAGCUGGAGAAAGAGAAGGCUGGUGAGGUUUGGGCUAUGGUUUUCUCUCCAACCCUCGUAAGUCUUUUCUUGGUAUUAACCACAAAUUGGAAAUUUGGCACUCCCUAUUAAAUGCUUUCUCUUUUUUAUGUUCGUACUGAACUUCUCAAAAUUAGAAAUAUGUAUGUAUAUAAUUUGAGCUGAUACAAUGAGAAAUUUGAACUUAAUUCGAAAUUUGUUCAAAA